AUGGCCUCUCCAAGCUCGGCCAUGAGCACGACGGAAGUUGAGCCCCAAACGUCGCCUGCACCCAACGACAAGUCCUUUGCCGCAAACGCGGCGAAUCUGACCGAAGACGACGCCAGCGACCGUGAAAAUGGCACCCCGCGGAACACGUCACGGAACACGAGCCGCAUGAUUGACACACCCGACAUAUCAGAACGCCGCGGUGGUGCUGGCAGUGGGCGCGGUCGGGGCCGGGGCGGUCGUGACUCCUCGGCUGCCGGUGGUGCCAAUGGCGCUGGGGGGCCCGGCGUGUUCAAGGACCCCAGCGCCAUUGGCAAGAUCCGGCAUCUCAAGAAGGAGGAUGGCGAGCCGCUGUGGCGUGUCGACAUCCAGUACGACUUUCUGCGGGCCGUCUUCGCCGACGAGCACUGCGUUUUUACAAACAGCUACGAGCCCGACACGAUGCCCAAGCAGUGCUUCGCGGACCUGUACAUUGACACAAUGGCCCGAAGCAGCAAGACCAGCAAGAUUUUGCACGACAAGCUGCUGACGGACCGCGAAGCGGCCAAAAACAUGGCCAUGAUCCACGAGAAGCCGCAGGACUACAAGCAAUUGCAGGACGCGCCGCGCCUCAAGUCCAUCCUCAAGGGCGGCACAGAAGACCGCGCCGAGCCGAGGUCGCUGGACCUCCUCAAGGACAUGGACGUCCCGCGUACCAACCCGGUCAACCUUUUGUUCCUGAUCUGCAACAAUGCCUCUAAAGUAGCCGAGCUGCACUUCCCGCCGGGCCGCGAGUUCCACGAUUUGAUCAUGAAGACCAACCUCACGAGCGCGUCGCGCGCGCGCGCGUUCCUCUGGGUCGUGUGGUUCUACCUCGAGUCCGACUUCACCGAGGAGGGCUGCGAAGAGAACCCGUUCGGUCCGGGCGUCGACUAUGGCGUCGAUGUCGCCAACCAGGGCGUCCCCGUCAUGGAGGAGAUGACGCCUGAGCAGGAGAAGCAAGAGAACAUUGACACCAUGGUCGAGAUCGCCUUUGGCACAAGCAAGAAGCAGCUGCGCUCCCUUAUUCUGCAAGACGAGCACUUUAUUGACAUGGCGUCGCAAAAGCGCAGCUCGCGCCCCUCGCGCCCGUCUGCGGCUGCUACGGCCGCGGCGGCGGCCAGGGACGCGGCGGCCGUCAAGGAAUCAGCCGCUGAGCUCGCUGGCACGGACAAUGAGCGGUCCCUACCGCCGGCUAUCCUGCCGCGCAUUCGCCCUUCCAAGCAUGAGAGCGACGUCGAGAGCAUGCGGUCCACGCCGCCGCCACGCUCGCUGAUCCGCUCGUUUGGCGGCGGUGCCGCCGCAGGUUCUGCGCGUCGUGGCGGGCCGCACAAGUUUUCGUUGGGGGAUGGGGGCGGGGGGCCGUCGCCGGUGCGUCAGCCUCCGCUGAUACAGCAGCUUCACCAGCAGCAGCAGAUGCAGCAGACGCGCCGCAAGCGCAAGUCGGCGAAGCCUGACGGCCGCAGCAGCCGGCACCGCCGCGACGACGACGACGAUGACGGCGACGAUGACGACGUCCGCGCCAACACAUCGCUGGCGCCCAGCCGCAAGCCGCGCCCUCCGACGGCGCACCAGAUUGCCGUGGAGAACAACCGCAAGCAGCGGAUUGAGUACCUGCUGUCGCGCGGCAUGCACCGCAAGCACCACCGGUCGCGCAAGACGCGGCGGACCGAGGGCGCGAUUGUGCGGGCGCUGCGGCGCCUGGACGAGGUCGAGGACCCGUUUGAGAACAGCGAGGACGAAUCCAACCUGGCGUUCAACCGUGAGCUGUUUACGUUUACAAUGGGCGCGCCGCAGAGCAUGGCGACGGGCACCGCGUUCCGCGAGCGCGGCUUCCACGGCCUGGUGCAGAUCAAGACCGAGCCGGAGGACUUUGGCGAGGAAGUGUCGGCGUAUGCCUCGGCGAUGCGGCGCGCCUGCCGUCGGCUCAACCGCUGGGAGACGGACGGGAUGGCCAAGAACAUGGUGGUGCCGACAAUCAAGCGGCCGCGCGUCAACGUGCCGGCGGUCGAGGACGAGUACCGGGACCCCAACGAGACGGAGGAGGAGCAAGACCUGGACCAGCCGGGCGGCGAUGCCGACGCGUCCAUGUCCAUGUCGUUUGUCGAGACGACACCCGUUCCGGCAGCCAAGAAGCGGCGCGCGGCCGACGCAACGGGCCAGGUUCCGGCCGUGGCAGCCCUGAGCCGUGCGCGCGGCGGCCGCGUCUCGUCGGGCCGUGUUCCUAGCAACACACCGGCCGCCAUUUCGGCGCGGCGGCGGCGCGCGGCCAAGGCAGCCGCGCUUCUGGCCAGUAGCGGCGGCGGCGACGUGGCGACGCGCGAUGCCGGCGGCCGGAACGGCAGUGCGGGCAUUGGCGCGGACGACGCCGGUGGCGAGGAUACGACGGUCCUGGCCAGCGGCGCAGAGGGCGAGGGUGACGCCGACAACGAUGUGGACGCUGCCGAAGGUGCCGACGGUGCUGACGGAGCCGACGACACAGAGGACGUGGCGUCGGUGUCGGCCGCGCCGGUCAACAAGACACGCGUGACGAUCAAGAAGAAGACGUCCGGCGCGCCGGCCCGCGGCAGCAGUCGCGCGGCCAAGGUGAAGCGCGAGGACGAGGGAGGCGACGAGGCGGCCAAUGGGGCCGGUGGCGGCGAGGACGACGAAGACGAGCUCAACGACGUGGAUAAGGCGCUGCUCGGCAUGGGCUCGGACUCGGAGUAG